UCGGAAUAUUCCGAAUACCGGUACCGGUAUGCGAAUUUUCCUUUGCAUCACUGAUCACUAGUGACUACUGUAUUUGAAGUAGAACACUUGUUUUUUUCUAGGCUUCUAGCCGGUGUAAACUGUGUUGAAGGAGCAGAACAAACAAUGGAUGGGGAUCACAGGAGGGCUUUGACAAAGUGCCAAGUGACGCUGCUAGAGUUGCUGAAUCCUGAGGACUAUGUCCUGGACUAUUUGUUGAGCGAGGAAAUUAUUUCUACCGCAGAAAAAGAUAAGGUUUCCCAGAAGUCUACUCCCAAGGAGCAGGCGAGAGAGCUGUUGACUGUCAUACCUCGGAAAGGAGCAAAGGCCUGGAAUGCCUUCCUGGAAGGCUUGCUAGGAUCACAGGCCGAUGCCCAUCGCGAAGCAGCAGAUGCUCUCAAGAAAAUGCUUACACGAGUUACAGGCGUGAUGGAGGAAAGAAGUCCGCGACUGCCUACUAGUACGACUCGUACUGCUGGUCGAGAAUCAGAUGAAAGCGAUGGUGUUCUGGCGUCACUACUGGCUUGUGGCGGUGGCGGCAGCAGACGCAGCGACCAGUGGACUGUUGACCUGAAUAACUUUGAUGAAGUGUACAAGAUGACGAGUAAGCCGCGAGGUACGGCCUACAUCAUCAAUAACAAGAAGUUUCUGACCGGAUUGGCAGAGCGAAUCGGCACGGAUGUGGACCGGGAUGGAUUGAAAAAACUCUGGACAUAUCUAGGAUUUAAAACGGAAAUAUUCGAAGACCAGGGCCGUGCAGACUUAAUCAAAAGGCUUCAAGACCUUGCCAAGCAGGACCACAGUGGCCGUGACUGCGUGAUUGUCAGCAUACUCACACAUGGUGUUGAGGGCAAGCUGUAUGGAUCGGACGGAAACCUGGUACCCGUAAAUGACCUGACUGAGCUAUUCAACAAUGGUGAGGCGCAUAGGUCGCUCAUCGGCAAACCAAAGCUAUUCUUUUUGCAGGCAUGUUGUGGUGGAAAACAGGACGAGGGGGUAGACGUGACAGAUGGACCUGGUUGCUGGCCCCCCGUUCUCGCCCGGAUAGCAUCCACGACCGACAUAUUUGUUGGCUACGCAUCCAGUCCUGGCUAUGAGUCAUUAAGGAACAUUAAGAGGGGAUCCUGGUUUGUGCAGGGUAUCAUCAAAACCUUCCGGGAUUACUCCGAUAAAGAGCAUUUGCUUGAUAUGAUGACACGAGUGAGCAAGUGCAUAGCAACAGAGUUUGAGACCAUCUCGGCCAAAAAGCAGCAACCAACGCAGGUGUCACAGCUAACAAAGAAGCUGUAUUUCCGGCCCGGUUACUACCACGGGAAGUGAGUGACAGCCAGGCGUCUCUGACCAAUACCACAAUGAGCACCACCUGGACACGAGCACUAGCCGGCAACUGUCAAGCUAUUAUUGCUGGAUUGUCGUGUGCUUACUUGGCUGUGCUUGGUGCCAGGUGAGGCUCUCACAAUAUCGUAUCAUGAGGCCUGUGCCGAAUGCUUUGAUGGCCCAGGAUCAGACCUGGCAGUGACGAGCUGUGCAUGCAAUGGAAUCCAGAGCCAUACCUAGAGUAUUAUCUUUCAAAGACAAUCUUUCUGGGACAAUAUAGUGUGUCAUUUAGUUUUUUACAUGGUCAACAGCAUUGCUCUUCAACUGUUCUCUAAAAACUCUAAUAACUUUGAUAAAUACAUGUAGAUGUAAGAUGGCACAACCGCAAUAUCAAACUGUGCGUAUUAGCCUCUUGAAUUUCUCUAUUUUUUGUUGUAUUGAAGAAGAGAUUUUCUGGCAAGUGUUUUACGAAGCGAUGGUCGAUAUUGUCUAAUGACUUACAAAAAAUAUGCUGGACAGGUUAUGGUGUGCGUAUUGGAUUCUGACAAGACUACACUGAGCGUUGACAUUUUCCAUCAUGUGUUGUUGUUGUUCUUCUCUGAAACAGUACUAACGCACAAUUAUGUACUUGUGUUA